AUGCUCCAGCUCUGCAAGGUGACCGCCUCGCUCCUCAUCAGCAAUGCCAAGGCAGCCUGUGACGAGGACCUGCUCGCCCGAGAGGGAGUCACCUUCUGCGUCAAUGUCACCAGGCAGCAGCCCUUCCCCGGCCUCCAGCAGGUGCGGGGCAUACGCGUACCUGUGUUCGAUGAUCCAGCUGAAGACCUGUAUCGGUAUUUUGAAGAGUGCAGUGAUGCUAUAGAAGAGGCUGUGAAGAGCGGCGAGAAGUGCUUAGUUUACUGUAAAAAUGGCCGCAGCCGAUCAGCUGCCAUUUGCACUGCUUAUCUGAUGAGACACCGAAAGAUCCCGCUCAAGGAUGCAUUUGAGACUGUGAAGACUGCCAGACCAGUAGCAGAACCUAAUGCAGGAUUUUGGGCUCAGCUGCAGAGAUACGAAGAAGAUUUGCAGAUGCCAAAGCAGUCUGACCUGCUGCGCAAGGGACUUAAAAAUAGGAAUGUGUGA